AUGAACGUUCCUUCCGCUGACGCCACGUGUUUGGCGACGAUCAUCGAUUCAGUGCAAUUUGCGAUGCAAGAGGGGCCUAUAGCGGAGGGAAGAGUGGUUGAUCUCCUCGCACUCAUACCAGAGGUGUUUCGAGCUGACACCUCUGGCUCUCGUAUGAUUUACCUCAUGAGCGUUUGUCAGCCUCUUGCCACCGUGGUGCGUCUGAUGCAUCCCUCUCUGCAGAGCCCAGUCAUUAGCAUGGCGGCAAUGAGUGCAUUGCUGGAGUUUCUCACGUGGUGCGUGGAGUUGCCUGAAUUCCCCACCGUUGCGGCGGCUCUAACGUCUAGUCUUAUGGAGACGAGUGCCCUGCAUACCAUUCUCGAUGCCCUUUUAAACAAUGGGAACGAGGUUAUGAUGUUUUUGGCAGCAGAGCUACUGUUUCUUCUUGUGGCACGGUUUUCUGUGUUUGGAGACGCGUUGGGUGAAACUGUUGGAGCACUCGCCCGUAUCAGCGCGUUUGUUCUCGAUCCGGGCGCUCCUCUUUCGAAGGUUCGCGAGUAUUUGGCGGGUGUGCUGCGUAUCUGCGCCGGUUUGGCUCCUUCAAAAUUGCCACCGACGUUCCUUCCGGAGGGUUUAGUUUUUCUUGCCGCGCACACUGACGAGCAGAGUCGGAUGCUCCUUCUCGUGUCAGGGUGCGUGGAGGUAGUGGCGAAUUGUCUCCCGCAACUUUACCUGCAGCAUGUGCGGAAGGGGAAGUGCGAAUUGCUAACGAACAUCGUGUCGAUGUUGGCGAGCUCCGAAGGAAAGCGGCGUCAAUGCCUGGUAAGUCUUCUUGGCACAUUGUUGCGAGUGGAAGGGGAGGCAGGUGUUGUGGAUAUUGAGCAUCACACAGCCGCCUACAAGGCGAUUCUUGCGGGGAAGCAGAUGUGGAUCUCGCAGCAGGCGGUUCUUCGGAACAUUGAUGUCAUGUUUUUUGCAGUUCAUUGCGCUCUAACGGAAGUGGUUCAAACUCACAUCUCCUCUGCCCUGGUGCGUGUCUUUCCCUACUUUUGUCGCACCAUAUUGGAGGGAGCUCAGACGUCCAGGCGUCAUGCCACGCUUGUUCUUGCCCUUGCACUCGCUAAACACCCUCCGUUGCGUUCUACUGUGUUAAACCUCACUCGCACGUAUGCGGAGUGGUCGGGGCACCUCUUACAGUGCAUCACUGACGCUCUCUCUGGCACUCUUGGGAGAAGUUUAGCUAUAGUCGAUGCGACGGGGAUUGUCCUUAAUGAUCCAGCCACGCUACCAUCGGAUGACACCGCGGAUAUUAACGCGUGGGCGGACUCGGUGCUGGUGCUUCAGGAGCAGCGUGGGGCACCGCGCGGUGGGUCACAGGAAGGCGUGGGCGAGGCUCUUGAGCGCAUAAGAUGCGUCCCGCCCGAGUACACAUUCUUCUUUUUAUGCAGUGGGGCGCUUCUCACAAGGGCGUGUCAAAGGAGUUUUCUUGGGUGUGGCGUUUCGAAAGAGACAACAAAGAAGGGAUACAAGCAGGGACUCUGGCCGCGCGGCGGUGGGUUUCGAAAGCAGAAGUCUGGUGGCGUUCCUGUGGUGCAUGCUCGGAAGUAA